AUUUCAAUGAAUAUAAUGCUCAAAGAGACUAUCAAUGCAAUAUACAUUUAACAAGCUAGAAAAAUAAUGAAUCGUUUUGGUGUCAUAUCAAGAAAUAAGCCAGAUAUAGGUCCUUCUUAAGUAACAAACAUAAAUAAAAUUGAUAGGGCCAUUUAACAGGUUAAUAUACAGUGGUAGAUCACACUUAUGACGCAAUUAUAGUAGGAGGAGGAGGAGCAGGUUUAAGAGCAGCAAUAGGUUUAGUAGAGCAAGGUUUCAAAACAGCAUGCAUUUCGAAGCUGUUUCCAACUAGAUCUCAUACUUUAGCAGCUAUUGGGAUGAAUGCAUCAUUAGGAAAUAUGGGAGAAGAUAAUUGGAAAUGGUAAUGAUUGAUGAAUAUUAAGGCAUGCAUAUGAUACUAUUAAGGGAUCGGAUUGGUUAGGAGAUUAAGAUGCGAUUACUUAUAUGUGUAAGGAAGCACCGAAUAUAAUUUACGAAUUGGAAAGCUAUGGUUUGAAAUUUUAUAGAACUGCAGAAGGAAAAAUAAAAUAAUGGGCUUCAGGAGGAUCAAGGUAGAAUUUGGGGGCUGGAGAAUUAGCAUAUAGAAUUUGUGUAGCAGGCAAAACUGGUCAUGAAAUGCUUCAUAUAUUGUUUGGUAGAGCUUUAGGAUAUAAUUGUACCUUUUUUAUGGAAUACUUUGGCCUUGAUUUGAUUAUGGAUGAUUAAGGGUAAUAUAGAAUAUUAAUUAUAUAUAUAGAGUUUGUAGAGGAGUAUUAUGUAUGUCGAUGUAAGAUGGAUCAAUACACCGUAUUAGGGCAGCAUAUACAAUAUUAGCAACAGGUGGAUAUGGAAGAGUAUAUCAAUCAUGCACAUCAGCUCAUACAUGUACAGGUGAUGGAGGAGGAAUGACAAUUAGAGCAGGUUUACCUAUGUAAGAUAUGGAAUUUGUUCAAUUUCAUCCCACUGGUAUUUAUGGUUGUGGAUGUUUGAUGACUGAGGGAUGUAGAGGUGUAGGAGGUUUUCUAAGAAAUUCAUUGGGAGAAAGAUUUAUGGAAAGAUAUGCUCCUACAGCUAAAGAUUUAGCUAGCAGAGAUGUAGUUUCCAGAGCAAUGACUAAAGAAAUCUUAGAAGGAAGAGGGUAUAUAAUUAUAUUAUUCUCUUUAUAGAGUUGGACCUGAAAAAGACCAUAUCUACUUACAUCUAGAUCAUUUACCUAAUUUACAUGAAAAGAUACCAGGAAUCUGUGAAACUGCUAGAACAUUUGCUGGUGUUGAUGCAACCAAAGAACCUGUACCUGUUUUACCUACUGUUCAUUAUAAUAUGGGUGGAAUACCUACCAAUUAUAGAACUGAGGUUCUAAAUUAGGUUAAUGGUAAAGAUCAAAUUGUUCCUGGACUAUUGGCAGCUGGAGAAGCUGCUUGUGCUUCAGUUCAUGGUGCUAAUAGAUUGGGGGGCAAUUCUUUAUUAGAUAUCAUUGUUUUUGGAAAACAAGCUGCAAUUAUUGUAGGAGAAAAUUGGAAACCUGGAUAAAAGUAACCUGAUCUACCUAAAAAUGCAGGAGAAAAUACGAUUGCCAGAAUUGAUAAAUUAAGAUUCAAAGAAGGAUCUUAAUCAGUUCCUUAAGUUAGAAAGAAUCUUUAAAAAACUAUGCAAAAAUAUGCUUCUGUCUUUAGAAUUGAAAAAACAUUACAGGAAGGUGUUUAAAAAGUCAAAGAAAUUUAUUAAAGAAAAGAUGAUAUCAAAAUUAAAGAUAAAGGACUUUUGUGGAAUUCUGAUCUUAUUGAAGGAUUAGAAUUGGAUUUUCUAAUUUGUAUAUCUUUCUCCUUAAAUCUAUUUUAGUAUAAGCUAAAAUGACUAUUGAAGGAGCUUUAUGUAGAAAGGAAUCAAGAGGAGCUCAUGCUCGAGAUGAUUAUCCUGAAAGAGAUGAUACAAAUUGGAUGAAACAUACCUUGACUAGAAUUUAGGAUAUCUAAAGCGGAGAUGUUGAAAUAAGUUUUAGAGAUGUAACCAUUUAAACUUAUUAUUUCUAUAGGUUAUCACUAAGACAUUAGAUUCUAAGGAAUUUGAUACUGUAUUACCAAAAAAGAGAGUUUAUUGAACAAAUUUUGUUUAAUUUUAAUACAUAACUAUAAUGAAUAAAAAUG